UUGAUGUUCUUCCUCCCACCAACAAUUGGUGUCGCGCUGCUGUACUAUGCAAUACUUGCACAACGGCCUCAACGGUGAACACGGCUGCUCGUCUGUUUCUCCGUCGCUUAUUAUUCUCUUCCCCGCUGUGUGCUUCCUAGGUGUCUCUGGCAUAAGGAGGAGGAAAUAGACCAGCAUCGAAACUCAUUUCGGAGAAGAAUUGCCCUGAUCUGCCUCGCCUCUGGAGAUCUACCAGCAUGUCUAUAAAAUUGGAAAUUGAGACCUGGGUGCUGGCUCUCGCGUACUACGACAGCCAGCAGUACGAAGACGCUGUGCAGACCUUCAAUGGCAUCGCCGACACCUCCAAAAUCCUCUUCAAUUGCGGGGUGAUCUGUGCUACCAUAGGCGAGCAUAGACAAGCCGUCAAGUAUUACCAGAAAGCAAUCCAACUGGACCAGUAUCUCGCCAUCGCCUACUUCCAGGAGGGAGUCUCCAAUUUCCUCCUGGGGGAUUUCGAAGAAGCCAUGGCCAACUUCAAUGACACUCUGCUCUACCUCCGGGGCAACCGGUUCAUCGACUACGAACAACUGGGGCUGAACUUCCGUCUGUAUUCGUGCGAGGUUCUCUUCAAUCGCGGUCUCUGUUACAUCUAUCUCCAUCAGGCGGAACCGGGCAUGCGAGAUCUGGUGUAUGCUUCGCAGGAGAAACUGACAGCCGACCACGGUGUUAUCGACGAGGCAAUUCGGGAGAAUGCAGAGGGCUACACUGUCUUCUCCAUUCCCGUCGGGGUCGUGUAUAGGCCCAACGAGGCCAAGGUCAGAAAUCUCAAAGCCAUAAGCUACCUUGGGAAGUCCAGGCUGGUUACCGCUUCCGCUUCUCAACCAAGUGGUGCGCCCGCCGCUGUCAACGGCGGGCUGUCUGAGAAUAUCUCCUACGCGGCCACUCAUCUAGUACAGAAGAAUAUGCACAGUCGUCAGCAUUCGGAGCCUCCAUUGAAUAGGACCGCGCUUCCACCCACUCCCCCGCCAGACGCGGAGAAGCACACCGUGGCUGGCGACAACAGCUCCUCCACUCAUGCCUCUACGACAUCAACAGGGCGAACAAACACCCGCGCAGCACGACCUCCGCCAUUGAAUCUCAACCUGAGCUUGAAGCGACGACCCAGUAUCGACAAACCGCGAAUCGGCACCAAGCGCACGGAGUCCGAACCGCGCGGCCUGUCCUCGAGACUGGAUCAUCACCGUAACUUCGGCCGCGAGUUAACUAGACAACAAUCCCUCUUCUACCAAGAACCAAGCACCCAUCGACGCAGAUCGAGUGACUCGAACGCCAUUUCUGCGUCAGGAGAAACCCUCAACGGCACGACCUAUACCACCCAUAAUCAGACCAGCGGCCACGGCCACCACAGUCGCAGAAGCGUGCCCUUCCGCCAAACCUAUAACUCCAUCGACGAGGCAGACGAGGAAGAAGGAACAAAACAACAAGGAGGAGGCCAUUCCAGCGAUACCGGUAACAGUGGCUCAGCCUCACCAUCAACAUCUGCAUCAGCAUCAGCAUCUGCCAGCUUUGAAACGUUAGCAGGUGGUGCUGCCUCCCAACAACAACGACUCGCUGCUAUCCGGGUAUCACCUACGGAACGAACCCACCAUAUAUGCAAUUCGUCCAUAGUAUCGAUGUCCGUGGGCAAGUUCCGCAUCAAGGCCCACGGAGCCGGUGAUACCCGGUACAUCAUGAUCGAUCCGGGGAUCGCGUUCGGUGACUUUGAGACCAAGAUCCGCAAUAAGUUUGGGUUCCAGUCCAAGGUGAAGAUCAAAAUGGAGGAUGAGGGCGAUAUGAUCACUAUGGGUGAUCAGGAGGAUUUGGAUCUGUUGAUGGAAUCUGCCAGGGAUGUUGCGAACAGGGAGGGCUGUGAGAUGAUGAAGAUGGAGAUAUGGGUUGAAGAACGUCCUUGAUCUUGAUACCCCAUUCAAUCCUUGUGAUUUUGGCAAUGGCGUUAUGGUUGAUACUAAUGAGCGUUUUGGAUUGGACAUAUCCACUCCUGUCCUGUAAAUACCCUGAAUAUUUUUAUUGUAACUGAAUGAAGUCAUUGAACUAUUGACAAAUAUUAUAAUAGUACUGUACUCACUUUUUCUACUGUCUUCAUCAAUCAUAGGUAUCCAGCUCAUCAUCUCUCGUGUCGUUUCGAUAUACAAAGACGAACCAACAGAUCAAAUCUUCCUCCUUAACAACCCCUUGAAGAAAUCAAAACUAUUACUAUCACUCUGCAAUUGCCAGAUCUUUCCCGUCGGCCGAUCAUUCCAUCCCAACUCCUCGGCAAGCAGUAAUCCAUAAUCGCGCGUAAUACCCUUGAUCCGGGCCUUAACUCCCCCCUCCGCCUCCAGUGUCACGACCUGAUUCAUGUGAAGCCAGUCACUGUAAUACAUAUCUUCGAAGACGGCAUCAAAGCCUGUCCGGAGGAAGCGCGUGUGGAGGUCUUCAAAAACCGUGAGGAUGCGCGCGAGAAGCUUUUCAAGGGUUACCGGAGCGGAAUUUGGAGAGAGGAAGUGCGAGCGGAGGGCUGUGAGGGAUGUCGUUGGGGAGGCGUUGGUGGCGUUUAUGCCAAUUCCAACUAUGGAAACGUAUUCGUUUACUGAGUAAUGGGAAUUGAUGAGGAUGCCGCAGAUUUUAGUAUAGGUCUUCUUGCUAGGAUCGCUUGGGUCGAGGGCGUCUGUCAAUUGUCAGUUAUGUCAUAGUCUUUGAAAGAUAGAUGGAUAGAUUGCAUUCGGAUGUAUUGAAC